AGUCCAAAGGUAACGACAACCUGCGCUCAUUUUAUGCUGUUUUUAGUAACCUGAAGUGGGGCUCAUAUCUGCUUCUCUUAGAGGUGCCUGGCUGCGACGAGGGAGGACCUUGCCUUCUGGAAGGAGCAUUAUACCAUGCUCAAAUCCGAGUGGGCCCAGAUGGCCAAGGCACACAGGGAGCUCAAGAGCAACCUCCAUGCCCUGCAAAGCCAACUGCAGCACACGGCUACACGGAAUGAGGAGCUCUGCCAGGCCCUGGACUUCCUGCAGCACGAGCAUGCCGAGCUCCAGCAGCACGCUGACACCCUGCAGCAGGACAACCAGCUCCAAGCCAAGCGUAUCUGCAACAUCGAAGGUAAAUUGCAAAAAGAACAAAAUCAGAAGCUAAUAUUGGAGGCAACAAUCAGCCACCUGCGCAACCUGAUGCAGAACCAGACCAAUGAGCAGAAAACACAGGAAGUGAUGGUGCAAAGAAAAGAUCAGGUUUUCACCACGCAGAACCCACCUCUCAAUCCUGCCAAGGAAAUGCAAAAUGUCCUGUCUGAGCAUCCCAAGGAGAAGGCAGAAGAAAGUCUGAGGGAUGAGAUGCAGGAAAGGACAUCCCAGCUUACAGCAAAGGAGAAAGAGGUAUGUAAGGGCAUGCGAGCAGCAGAAGGGGAAAUCCCCCCUCGUCACACUGCCCACACACAGUGCCAGGAGCUGCGUGCAGAGCUGGAGGCACUAAGCGAGGAGUACCGCUGCUGCUUGAGCUGCCUGCGCCAGUGCCGCCAGGAGCUCAACCAAAGCCAGAUGGUGAAGAGACAACCUGGUAACUGGCUCCCUCUUCUGCUGGCAGUGAUAGCAAUAGCCAUGGCUGCUGUGCUGGCCAGCUACAGACCGUGAGCACCUCCUCAGUGACCUUCAUGCAGAACUGACUUCUGACCUGCUGGCAGCAACCUGCCCUCACUGCAGUGCUCCUUCUACCGCUCCUUGCCUGCUUCAUACCUCAAGCUGUUCUCGGCCAGAUAAACUGACAUGGCUCCAAUAAAUGUGGGGAGAUCA